CUGCUGGGUUGUGCCCUCCCCAUCAUUGGUUGGGAACCUUUGUCUGAGUGUCUGCUUUCCCUGGCUCCUGUGGCCUGUGACUGGCAGAGGAGCAGAGCCAUCUUGAAGAUACUGACCCUGGGCUCUGGUUGCCCAGCAGGUUCCAUCCUGAGGAAAGGAGGCCAAAGCCUUCCCCGUUUCCCCUGGAGAAACUGUCCGGCUUCUCCAACCUCUCUCCGGGACAAGCAAGACCAAGAUGUGUUGCUUCUUCUUGACAGAGAUUGCGCUGGCUGAGCUAGAUCACAUCAAUCUGAAGAAGCAGAUGGUUCUGAAGUUUGCAGCCAUCAUAGGGCCGGUGUUUACCACCCAGCAGCUGGCUCACAUUGUUCCCAGAAGCAAAAGGCCAGGGAUUAAUUCCCUUCUGAACAUGCUGGUGGAGGACAACAUCCUGAAGCGACUGGACAACUUCAAGAAGCCAGAAGACUGGCAAGGUGCUACAGAGGGGCUGCCCACCUCUGCGCAGGCAGGCAGAGGGGUGAAGAGGCCCUCUGCCAGCAGGAAGACCAUGCAGCAGCAGCAGCAGCCUGAAAUCCUGGCCUUCUGCAACCCGCUGCUGUGGGAGGCAACUUACGAGCUGUGGCCCACGAGGCAGAAGGUCGACAUUCACCGUGAAUGUGCCGCCUUCCUGGAGAGGCACGCACACAAAUGCCAGGGGUGCCACGGAGGGGACUUUGUGGCCUGCCACCGCUUCGGCAUCUCCAGCCCCCAGGAGCAGGGGAGCUGCCAGGGCUCUGCUGACGAGGACAACUGGAGCAGCUGGGAGGCCUUGGUAGUUGCUGGAGAACACCUGCGCAGGGCUAGGACCCUCCCU